AUGGUAGAGGGGGCCUCACCUGUGACGCCUGAGAGCCCUCUCGAAGAUGACGCUCAGCCUUCGGCGGAGUCCGUUGCCUUCAAGACAGCGCACAGCGAGGAGAGGCGAAAGCGAUUGCUGCCAAUCAUCAGUCUUGGAAAGUUUUUUGCAAGGCAUGCAUGGGCCAUGGACUGGAUGGAUCUGAGAGCAAAGCAUGGGCUGACGUGUGAUCCGGCCCUUCCAGCUUUCAGUGAGAUUUCAAGUUCCUGGCUAGAGAGGCGCAUGACGACAGGGGAGGCUCAGCUUUAUUUGCGAGAGUUUCUUGAAAGCUCAGGUUUUUCAACAGAGGACUUGGAGCGAAUUGGGUGCCACAGCCUCAAGUGCACUCUGCUAUCUUGGGUCAGCAAAGGCGAUUACCUCUCCAUCCCUGACCGUUUGGUGAUGGGGCAUCAUUUGACGAAGGAGAAUCAGUCAGCUGUGGUGUACGCCAGAGACGAAUUGACGAGGCUCAUGGGGACAGUCUACCAGAUGUGCAACGACAUCAAGAACAAAAAGUUCCAACCGGAUGCCUCGAAAGCUGCCAGGGUGGAGCAUUUGAUUCGCGUGGAGGCCCAAGAUCAGGACUCUGACCACGACAGCGAGGUGGAAAGUGACGCUGGAAUAGAUGCAGUGGCCGUAGCACGACACCCAAACAUGGUGCGGCCUUCUUGGGAUGACAUGCCCCUGGAUUUGCUGAACAAGCUUCGUGUGCACCGGCAUUCAGGGGUGGUUCAUGUUUUGACUCAAGGAGGUGUAGGAGACUUGAAACGCUCUGCGGGGACGAGCAGUUGGAAGGCCUGGAUCCUGGGCUUCGUCAUCGGUUGGGCACGCGCUUUGGAGAUAGGCCUUAGUCCAGAUGUGAUAGAACUCUUGAAAGCCGGCGGUGUCACAUCGUUCGGUUCAUAUGCAUUCGUGACGUCCUAUCAACCAGGGCAGCCAGAUGAGACGCCACUGAUCGAAGCUUUGACCAAGGUGAUGCAUCGUGCACCGUCCACUGAGGAAACCAUCCCGCUAAGGCGCCUUUUCUUCGAGAGCUGCACCUUGGCCAUUAGCGAUUUGAAACAGAGGACUGAAAGGGAUGAAACCGCUGAGCCGUCUCGUAUGCCAGUUGCCGAGCGGAAUGCACGGCUACAGGAACAGCAAAAUCGUUUGAAAGGCAUUCACUUCAGCCCAGAGACCGAACCGAGUCACAAGCUUGUUGAUCUGGUCUGUCAGAUGAGCACGGACCAGACCUUAGAAUGGAUUCCAUGGGAAAAGCUGACAAGUCGCGCUAGUGAAGUGACGCAUACACAGAAAGACCUUAAGCUUGCCUUUGAUGCCACAGGUUCGCUGAAAGUAGCCCACAAGGACCAGACACCCGAUGCGGCCGUGACUGGAGAGCUCAAGGUGAGGCAGGCUUUGAAUCGUAGGUCAAGAGCUUUCGAUUUAGCAAAACUGUGUUCUUUUACCCGGAUGGAAGAGUGGCAUGAGCGAGUGUUUGAAGUCUUGCAGAAGGAACCAGCAGCAAACGCUAUGCCUGUCACAUUGCAACAAGUGCGAGAAGCCGACAAGACACUUUUCAAGAAGCUGUCCGAGAAGACACGAGGACGCCUCACUCAGGCACCAGACGGCACCAAACCGAUGGACACCUUCUUAGACGCAUGCAUGGACAGUGCUGAG